CCAGCAGCCAUGUCCUCUGGACCAGGGAUUCCAGAUCUGAGGCACAGGCUGCCCAAGCUUGAGCCCAGGCGACGACAAGGUCCUGGCAACCCGCUUCCCCUUCCCGAGACGCCCGCCCUGCCCCCUCCUCCAGAGAAUCCAAUGUCCUUCCAGGUACCAACACGGCGAAUCCUGUCCAAAGAAGAUCAUGACCUCUUCCUCGGGUCGCCAACCUACGACCUCAUCGUGGCCUGGGUCUUUGGGCUGUCCGAGUCCGUCAUCGACACACCCAUAUCAGCCAUCAAGGACGACAACCUGAGCCCCACGGUCAAGAAGAUGAUAGCGAUUCUGGACGAGACCGAGCAGCUCGUCUACCAGAACCCGCCCGACGACCAAGGCGGUUCACGCUUCGGCAACAAGCGCUUCCGAGACUUCCUCGACGGCGCCAAGGCACGCUCUCCGCAGUGGCACGCUGACCUGGGCGUCACGCAGGCCGGCGCAGAGGCCGAGCUCACCACCUACCUGAGCCAGUCCUUUGGCAACCGCCGGCGCAUCGACUAUGGCUCAGGCCACGAGCUCAACUUCCUGGUGUGGCUGCUGUGCCUGUACCAGCUGCGGGUGGUGGGCCGCGCCGACUUCCCUGCGCUGGUGCUGCGGGUCUUUACGCACUACCUCGAGGUCAUGCGCGUGGUGCAGUCGACGUACUACCUGGAGCCGGCGGGCUCGCACGGCGUCUGGGGCCUAGACGACUACCAGUUCCUGCCGUUCCUCUUCGGCGCCAGCCAGCUGCUGCACCACAAGUACAUCACGCCGCGGGCCAUCCACCAGGAGCUGAUGCUGGAGCAGUUCGGGCGGGACUACCUCUACCUGAACCAGAUCGUGUUUGUCAACAGCACCAAGACGGUAAAAGGCCUGCGGUGGCACAGCCCCAUGCUUGACGACAUCUCGAGCGCCCGGUCGUGGGAGAAGGUCGAGGGCGGCAUGCGGAGGAUGUUUGUGGCCGAGGUGCUGCGGAAACUGCCCGUUAUGCAGCACUUCCUGUUCGGCUCGCUGGUCCCUGCCGCCGACGGCAUGAGCGACCAGGCGCAGCAGCUCGGCGGGCUGCCUGAUGAGGAGGAGGACGACGAGGGCGGCGAGGUCCAGGUGUUUCAGGAGGGCGGGGUGCGACAUGUACACCAGCAGAACGGAUGGGGCGAGUGCUGCGGGAUCAAGGUACCAAGUGGUGUCGCUGCCGGCAUGGAGGCGAUGAAGCAAGGGCAACAGCAACUGCGCAGGAUACCGUUUGAUUAAUAAAAAAUAAAAAAACCAAAAAACCGGGCGCUGUUUGGAUGAUAGAUGAAGAUUGUCUUGUCAGCUAAGAGAGAGGGAGAUAGAAAAUUCAGAUUGAAAAC